UUUCGAGUUAACAGAAGUGGGGUGAUGUGAAGAAGAUGGUCAUGGGUCAUCUUGAUAGGACGAUACACACUCUAGAUCAGCUGGUAGAAUUUGCAUCUCUUGGAAGUUAUUGUGAAUACGACUUGUUUGGUAUUGAAACUUCUCACUACCAGCUCAACACACACAUUGACAUGCCCUCUGAUGCUCAGCGUAUCCAGCGCAUUAAACACCUGUUUGACAGUGGCUUUGGAGAGAAGAUUUUAAUUGCUCAUGAUAUUCAUACAAAGCAUCGCCUGCAAGCUUAUGGUGGUCAUGGAUUUUGCCACAUUUUGGAGAAUAUUGUACCAAAGAUGUUAAGCAGAGGAUUGACACAGGGCGAUGUGGACAAAAUGUUAAUCAGCAAUCCAGCUACAUGGUUAACUUUUACCAAAUAGAUUUUAUGGCUCGGCAUAAUAUUAAUAAAUCCGGAAUGUAGAUUUAGCAGGGUGGCAUAAAGAUAAUCUUUAAAUUUUAUACUAACAUAUCUCUAGAUGAUGUGUAACUUGGCUUGCUGUUUCAGAUAGCUGCUCUCAUAUGUUUUUGGGAAUAUGGUCUCUUUACUCAGAGGAACCUAUGUGGUAUUGUAUUUGCAUACACAUUAUAGAAUAUACACUUUGAAAACAUU